AUGUCUCUUCAGGGAUUUCGGUCACAAACUCACAUCUAUCCAACCAAAUAUAUAUAUAUUUUCCGUGUCAUUAUUACUGUUCUUUCUCUUUUUUCAUCGUCCCAACGUUUUUUUUUCUCUUCCGCCUUCUUAUAUCAUCCUCUUCUUCUUCUUCUUCUUCUUAUAUCCUCCUCCUCCUCUCUCUCUCUCUCUCCCACACUCGCCGUCUUUUAUAGUCUUUCAUUUCACUCCUUUCUCCUUCUAACUCUUCACGAUUAUUUUUUCUCAUUUUCCUUCUACUACUACUCAUUCUCUUCCUUCUCCCCUUUCCGUUUUUUUUUACAUUCUUUCAUUCUUGUUGCUCACCUCGUACACGGAGUUAUUCGUUUUCAAUUUUUCUUUCUUUUCCUCGUAUUCUCUUUUUCUUAUUUGGUCUUUUGUUUCUUCUUCUCGUCGACUUCGUUAGCACAUAGCAAAAACAAACAUGAGACCACGUCGGACAAGGGUGUGGUGCUGUCAACCCCAUCUACUUCCGCCCACCAUUAUACGUCACUCCCGACCAUAACAUCAAAGGACUCUGAGACGAGACAUGACUUACUUGGAAGCAAAGAUGGUGGUUUGGGAGUUAAGCGUUCACAUCACUAUUUUUUCUUUUCUUCGCUUCGGUCUCAUAAACUAACUCGAUCCGUUAACGGACAUUUGUUCCCUCUUAAUAUCCUUGGUCGCCAUGAUAUUGCAAGGGCCCCCUACAGAGAUCACAGCUGGGCGUCUUAUACAAACCAGCAACAAUUCGAGUCCCCUUCCCUCGGUCAGGACUCUCCUUCUUUCUCUCACACUUACUUAAUCUUCCCUCCCUCUCGCUUUUCUACAUUUACCUUCUUUUGUCGUUUUUGUUCUUUCUUCGUAACUGUCUCUCACUCAUUGUCUCUUUUAUACUCCCGUAUUAUUCUCUUUCUCUCAUUCACUUUUCUCUUUCGUGAUCUCAUUUUACUGUCCCCAACAUGUCCUCUCUUUUAUAUUCAUUAUUCUCUCUCUCUCUCUCUCUCUCUCUCUCUCUCUAUCUAUCUAUCUAUCUAUCUAUCAUUUUAA